AUGGUAGGCAAAUACGAUGGUCUAGGCGACCCUGAUGAUCACCUCAAUCUAUUCAAAAGCGUAGGGGAAGUAGCCUGCUGGCCCAUGCCCCUCUGGUGCAAGAUGUUUGUCCAAACGCUAGUAGGCGCGACCAGGGUCUGGUUGGAUAGUUUGCCCAUUGGGGAAAUUGAUAGUUUUGAAGACCUAGAGGCUAAGUUCAUACUGCAGUUUAGCCAGCAAAGAAGACACAUAAAAGAUCAAAAUGAACUCCUCCACAUUCGUCGGCGAGACAAUGAAACGGUGGAAAGUUUUAUUGUUAGAUUCAAUAAGGAGAGCCUGGCGAUCCCAGGUGUCACGAACGACCUGGCAUGUGGAGCUUUCUUACAAGGGGCUGUAGCUGCCAGUCACGCGGCCAAUCGAAAGAAGGAGGCUCAGAAAGGUCAGGAAGAUAGAGAACAGUGGAAUUCUAAAAGUAAAGGUAGAGGAGACCCAUACCAGAGAGAUAGAGCAGACUCGCGGUAUGACAGGUCUAGAAAUACCUACUUAAGGAAUGAAUCCUCUAAGCCGUGGUCUGAGUACCCUAGUUUGAGCAAGACGCUGGCAGAAAUCCUAGCUUCCGAGAACCUCAAGUUCAACCCUCCAAAGCCGCUAAAGGGCAACCCCAACAAAGACACAAGAAAGUUCUGUGAAUACCACAAAGGGAGCGGCCAUGAUACCAAUGAUUGUUUUCAGUUAAAGAAGCAGAUCGAGUAUUUUGUGAAAGCGGGUAAAUUGGCACACCUGGUGCGAGACAUCAAACAGGGACCGCCUCCCGUUAAGGAAGAAAACGACAAAGCGGCGGGUAAAAGGCUGCAAGAGUUAAACAUGGUAUACGCUGACAAGGGAAAAGGGGCCAAAAGGAGUUUUUCCACACUCGAACCCUGGAUGCUAACAACCAUGACAAUUGAACCUCGUGUGGAGGAUUUACACCUUACCACUGAUGCCUUAUUAUAUCCGCUGCGGUAG